AGCUGUUAGUUUACUUUAUCUGUGGUGAGCUUGUCGUUAUAAAAUGGAGCGGUGGGAACCUGUUGUUCACCUAUUUAAAAUGGCGUCGGAUGAUGAAGGCGAUAUAGCUCUACAAGAAUCUGGUGUUCGCCGCACGAGGGCAACACGAGCUGUUGCUACAAGGAGGAAUCGUGGUCGAAAGAAGACUACAGCUCCACCAGCGCGAUCAACCAGAUCAAAGAGAAGUACACGUACGUCACAGUCUGUUGGUACAGAUGAGGAGGGUGAUGAAUCGCAGGUGGAAGUGAGUCAGAACGUGUCGGAUGCAGAGGCAAUGCAGGACCGUGCCAAUGAAGAACGUUCACCACAGGCACCUACAGAUGAUUGUGAAUAUGGUGGUGAUGGAGAACAAGCACUAUCCAUAUUAAAUGCAAUUGCAGAAGAGAGCAGUACAAUAGAAAAUGGGGUAGGAGGUGGAAUUUACAGUACAGAUGGUGGGCGAAAUGUAGAAAAUGAGGACAGCGAUGUAGAAGAGACCAUUACUCCUCAAGCUGCUGAUAGCGAGGAAACCGAAGGUGACAUUAAUGACGUGAAACUGAAAGAAGAGCAGCAGGGAACUGCUACUUCCCUUCACAGUGGCGAAGGUGAUGAUGACGACGAUAGAGAAAGUGUCGGUGGGAACGUUGAACUUCCAGAGAACGACAAUGAAGUGCCACAGAUAAAAAUAAAACGUGAGAGAGAAGAUCCUGGCCUGGAAGAGGAAGUCAGUGGACAGAGUAUAGAUGAGAAGGAAGUACCUGAAUUGGAGGAUUCUCCUCCUCCAAGCGUUAAUGUUGUUCUGCCUUCUCCUAUACGUUCAGGAUUCAAAAUCAAGUCUGAGGUUUCAAGUGUUGACAGCUUGGAAGAGAGUCAGGGUUUUUCUCAAGAAGCUCUUGAAGAAAUUGAUGUUAAGCACUAUACAGCUGUUGAAGAGACAGACACGGAUCAUGACUUCGGUGAUGCCAGUGUAAAUGGAACUAAAUAUAACAUCAUUAUUGUAAAGAAUGAAGAGGAGCCGAUGGAAGUUGAGACAGAUGAGUUACCUGCAGUUCCGGAAGCCCCUUCACAAGAGGAAUUGUAUGUAACUGAUAUAAAAUAUAAUGUAGAAGAAAUGACUAUUAUUGAUGAAGUGACAGAUGAUGGAGGUCAGGAAGAGAGGACUGAAACAGCUGGUGUAAAUGAAAUUGGAGAGCAGAUUGGUGUAGGAGAAUCUGGAGAUGGGGAGGAUUUCCGGACAGAGCCUGACACUGAAAUGGUAUCAGAGGAUGAACUUCCAACAGAAAGUUCAAAGGGACCCUUAGAAACAGAAGCAGUGUCUGAUGAAGAACUUCCAGAUCACACAGCAGCUGUAGAUUUGCCAGAGACUGAGGCUGUUUCAGAAGAUGAACUUCCGCCAGAGAAAACGGACAAGAAGAAGAAAAAGGCUGGAGCAAAGAAGGCUGCUGUGUCAGCAGACAAGAAGAAAGCCCGUUCUUCAGAGGCUCAGAAGAGAAAGCUUCUGGAUGGAGACACAUAUGACCCCAGUUCUCCGACAUCGGAGAACAGUUGUGAUGAAAGUCCCGCAGCCAAGCGAGCAGCUGUCAAUAAUGCAAGUGGCGGGAUUCAGGCCAAACCCGUGGUAAAGGCCCGCAAAUCCCUGCCUGAAUUAGAGAAGUAUUGGAAAGCUGUGAAGGAGGACCCUUCGGACUUUACUGGCUGGACAUACCUUCUUCAGUAUGUAGACCAGGAGAAUGAUAUUGAAGCAGCACGCGAGGCAUAUGAUGCCUUCCUGUCGCAUUAUCCGUACUGUUACGGAUAUUGGCGCAAAUACGCCGACUAUGAGAAGAGGAAAGGCAACAAAGAGAAGUGUGAAGAGGUGUUUGAACGUGGACUGAAGGCCAUUCCUCUGAGUGUGGAUCUUUGGAUCCACUUCCUUAAUUACUCAAAGGCAACAUAUCCUGAGGAUGAAGAACAUCUCCGUACCCAAUUUGAGAAAGCCAUCGGUGCAUGUGGAAUGGAAUUCAGAUCUGAUCGUCUUUGGGAGAGCUACAUCAAAUGGGAAACCGAGGGUAAAAGACUUCAGAAUGUUACAGACCUGUAUGAUAGGCUGUUGGCCAUGCCUACACAAGGAUAUACAAACCACUUUGACAAUUUCCAGGAGCACGUUAGUAGUAAUCCUCCACAGAAGGUGCUAUCUGUUGACGAGUUCCUGACGCUUCGGCGGGAAGUUCUCCAACUGCUGAAGCAGUAUGAACAGCCAGCUGCUGUUGUUGAUGAGACAGCUCCAGGUGAAGAGGUUGAAGCACCUCCUGGAGAAGAACCAGAUGAACAGCCUGUGGUUAAAAGUGAUGAAGAGACUACUGCUCUGAGGGAAAGGAUUAUCUCCAUUCGUAGGAAAGCACAUAAGAUAACUGUGAGUGCUGUGGCAGACAGAUGGAACUAUGAGGAAGGGAUCAAGAGACCGUAUUUCCACGUGAAGCCUCUAGAGCGCUGCCAACUAAAGAACUGGAAAGAGUAUUUGGAUUAUGAAAUUGAACAAGGUGACCAGGAACGGAUCAUCGUCCUCUUUGAAAGGUGCCUUAUUGCCUGUGCGUUGUAUGAAGAAUUUUGGAUAAAGUUCAUCCGUUACCUUGAAGGCCUGAAUGGAGAGCCACUUGAUAAAAUACGCAAUGUGUACGAGCGUGCUUGCACUAUCCACCACACAAAGAAACCAAAUCUGCAUCUUCAUUGGGCAGUCUUUGAAGAAAGCCAUCAGAAUUAUGACAGGGCUUCAGAAAUAUUGAACAACUUGGAAAAGCUUGUUCCCAACAUGCUACAGGUUGCAUACCGUCGUAUCAAUUUGGAGAGGCGAUGUAAUAAUAUGGACAAAGUUUGUGCUCUGUACGAGCAUUAUAUCUCCAGUACUAAGAACAAAGUUAUCUCCAACAACAUGGCUAUCAAAUAUGCCAGAUUUUGCUGGAAGGUAAAAGGGGAUGUGGAGAAAGCCAUAUCCAUUUUGAAUAAAGCUGUUGAGAAAGAUAAGGACAAUCCUCGACUAUAUCUCCAGCUUAUUGAUAUGGGUCUGCAGCAGAAUCCUCUGAAUGAAGAUGACAUUGUUUCUAUUAUUGAUCAGUUCCUUUCAAGAGAUACAGAUCCAGAACAAAAAGUUCUGUUUGCUCAGAGAAAAGUUGAGUUCCUUGAAGAUUUUGGAUCCGAUAUUCUCAGUGUUCAAAGGGCACAUGAUGAAUUUCAGCGUUAUUUCAAGCAAGCAAAAGACAGAAAGAAAAAAUCACCAGAAUUAGACGCCAAAAACUUGGAUGGUACAUCCAAGAAAGCAAAGAGCCUUUCUGCAGUUGGGGAUGGCACUCAGAUACAUUCAGGCCACACACCGUCCCAUUCAUCCCCACAGAGUGCACACAGUGGCGCAAGUCAGCAGACUGCACAACCUCCAAGUGGAGCGCAGCCACCCACGGCAACGACUGGAACCGGACAGUAUCCACCUCCAACCUAUGGACAAACGGGUGGAUAUUCACAACAACCUCCAACUCAAGGAAGCUACCAGGGGGGUCAGUACCCUCCGACAGGUCCCCAGCAACCACCGACACCCUACAGCCAGCCACCUUACAAUCAGCAGUAUGGCCAGUCCAGUGAUCCCAAUUAUGCUAAUUAUCAGAAUUGGGGCUAUUCUCAGACUGGGUAUGGGGGUUAUAACCAGGGUUGGGGAAACUAUAAUUAUUACUAAACUAGAAUAAGUAUCUGUCCAUGUAUGUGCAGUAUGGUUUAUAAAUAUAUCAUUAAAAUGAUCUUAUGUAUUUCUUGCAUGUGUUUUAAUGAUAGAUAUUGUUGAUUGACAGUCAGUGGGAGAGAUACUGGUAAAAAUGUGUGAUAUGCCAGUAUGUAUUAUGGGGAGAUGCCAUAAUGGACACGGAAAAGUAGUUGAAAGCUGCGGCACAUGGUAAAGUGUUUUAAAUUUAAAAUGAACAAUUUUGAAUCACCGUAUUUAGAAUAAUCCUAGAUUGGAAUAAAGCAAAUGCCACAAUCUUGUGUUGUAUGGGAGUCCCAUUCUCACAUGUUCAAGGUUACUGUGUUUUUAAGUGUGCACUUUAAAACCUCUUAAAAUUAAUUUCUGUUCCGUGUAUCACGUAUGUACAUAUAAAUUUAUUCAAGUAAUCUGAAAAUUAAAUGCAUAUAGUGCCAUGUUUUGAUCUUUGUGAGUAGGCGUAGUAAUCCUGUUGUGCAGCUGCAUUUGUGCUUGCAUUCCAAUGUUGAGAUGUGACAUCAGUUUCUUCUACCAGCUAUACGACACUGACAACAAACUUGCAACACUUUCACACGGAUGAAUCGUCCGUGGCUUACGAAACCAUCCACACUUUGCUAGAAUUGUGUGUUAGUUUUAGUAUGUCUGCAUUCUGGACUCGUUAGGUGUCGCUUUGUUUUCUGCAAGUCUGGUUUCAUCCUGCUGUUGACAGUGGAUUCACACCAUUUUCAACAUUUGUGUAGGUUUCAUAUUCUUUAGGUAUCAUAUUUGUCCUUAUAAUUAAAUGCAUGGUGUGAAAUGAAUAAUCAAUUAUAUAUACAAAGUGCAAAGUAAAGCAUUUAAAUUUUUAUAAAUUAAUUAACUUGUCUUAACUCUGUCAUUCCUUAGAUAUUUUUGCCCAGGGUGCAGUUUAAGUGAAAAGUACCUACAAAGUUGUACCAAUGAGACAGGUGCAAAGUAUUGAGUGUGGUCUUCUGGGUUGUGGUGGUAUGUAAUCUUUAUGUUGGAGGAAUAUAUUGUUUCAAUCUUGAGUGUUGACAUCACUUCAGCUCUGAAGAUGGAUGCAGUAUGUACCUCCAAAAUGUUAGUAACAACUUACAAGACUACAUGUUAUCAUUAAGGAGGUCACAGUCAACAUCUUUACUUUUGACAGAACCUCUGAUCGUGGAGGGUUGAACUUGAGGAGAAAAUGAACGUCUGUCUCACUGGUAGACGUGAUGCUUGACAGAGUUUUUGCAUCAGAACAGAGGUUCAAGAUUUUGUCCCCUGCCUACCUCCUCUCCUAUAAAGACAUGGCUUUCAUUUGAAAAUAUAAUUAGCGUAUAAACAUAAAAGGUAGAAAACUUCAAAUUUGUUACUUUACAGAAUACAAGUGUAGUUAAUUUUCAUCCUUGUAUAUUGGGCCUGAGGUUAGCGACAUUUGACUUACUCUCGCCAUGUUGUGGUUUGUAAUUAUGUGCAUAUUUGAUUUGGUUUUAGUUAGGUGAGAAAAUGUGUUGUCCAAUAAUUUUGUUUCCUAAAAUGAGCGUCACUGUUGGACACAUUUGAAUCAACCCCCCUCUCCUCCCCAAAAUAGAGAUCACAAUUAUUUUUAAAUUUGUUUAUUUGUAACAUCACAUAAAUUGAGAUUUGUAGGUUAUAUUCCUGGUCAAAACCACUGAAGACUGUGGAGAUUACAUUAUAAAAAGUUGUUUUGCACACCUUUGCAUGCUUUGAAUUUUCAUUGGCUGAACAGAGGUAAGGUUAUUUCUUUGUUGUACUUUUCAUUCUUAACCUUCAUUACAUUAACCAUUACUUCAUUUGUAAGGUUGUGCUUGUUCCAGCCACUGUUUUUAUAAUAAAAAAUAUAGUUAACUCUUCA